ACAGUUAUAAUUGUAUUGAAUACGGUUCUUGAUGUGUGUGCAAAACGAGCUAAUCGGAUGUCUUGAAGUUGAAAAAAAUUACAUUGGACACAGAUUAGUAAAUGUGUUAAAAACAUAUCUAUUUCCUUCAAAAUAUCAUUUUGUAUGUACAUAUAUAGCAGUUUAUAACAGUAAAUAGUGUAUACAUACAAUCAAUUAGUAUGCCAUAUACUAGGUGUACACAGCAGUUGACUUUUUUUAUGGCUUAAAUGGGUGAAAGAGGAUACGAACCACCCGGUGUUAAGUGAUUAUCGGAGCCCAUAGACCUCAACAACACCAAUAUUUCCAACGUCACCCACCUUGAGGCAUGAGUUCUAAGUCUCAGUUCUGCAGUACAAGGUACGUAAGUAAAUAAAAAUUCUCAGCGUGCGAUUGAGUGAAUCGCAAAUCAGCAGUUACACACAUAACUACACUAGCUAAAGUAGGAAUAUUAUACCGAGUCGAUACAUUUCAUAACGCCAGAAAAACACUAAAAACAUUAUCACAGUACACACAGUCCGUCGGCGGUGCUCCAGCGAAACACACGCAAUUGUUUUUUUUUUUUGUAAUUUUAAUUAUUUUGGUCUAGUCAAGUGUAGCAGAAUGAAUAUUGCGUGAGUUAACUUACUUAUUAGUUACCUCGUCUAAAGUCGUAAGUCGUCUGACAAAUUUCAUUGACCUUGCCCGGCCGCGAAUGAGUACGACAGUCUCAGAGCGCGCGCCGUGUUGGUCCGGCAGCCCCGAUCCCCGCGUCCCUGUGCCAUUAACGCCUCAUUGAAACCGCUGUCCAAAUCACAUACACAUUAACACAAAACAUUAAAUGAACAAAUAGCGAUGAUAAAUAUAAAAUCUAUAACUCGAGACUAUUGAAUAAUCAUACGGACUUCUCGAUUUUAUCUCGCCGAUGUUUCGCGUCCGGAGUGCGCAUGUGCCGAUAACCCGGCCAAAUUAAAUUUGAGCUGUCAGAGUGUAUCAGUGUGAAGUUGCAGAUUCUGAAUUUUUCCGUCGUAAAAUAGCAAGAUUGUAGCAGGGCUUCGUAAGCGUACUACAAGAGGUGCUGACUAUAUUCUGGUAACAAUCAGCGUCCAAAUGACCGAGACUAACUCGCACGGCUGGUUCUCAAGUAUGAAGAAUCCGAGAUGCCACGGUGUAUCCAGAUCUAUUUUCCCAAACACGUCAUAAAGCACUCGCUUUCCAUCAAAUUCUUCUUUCUAGUAAGCUGUUCGAGCCUCUUCCUAUCACUAGUUUGGAUACAGCUCUACUGUGAUACCGAAUCGUCCAGGGUCACUGCAAGUCUCGUAGAAGAAGCCCUCGAAAAUGUUUCCAAGGAUCUCCGUUAUUCGGAUGUUUAUAGGAAGACUAGCAAGCUACCGAAGUUCAUCAAGUAUAUCCUGCUAUGGACAAGGCAAGAUUUUGCUCCUUUUUAUUUCCUCGGGCAAGGUCAACGGGCUUUCCUCAAAAACAAUUGCUCGGUGAUAAAUUGCUACAUAACAACUGACAGGAAAUUCUUCGGUGGCGAUCUCACGAAGUUUGACGGGAUAGCGUUCAAUGGUCGAAAUAUGAAAAGUUCAGAUUUGCCGAGAAUCCGUACGGGAAAACAGAAAUAUGUGUUCUUCAACAUGGAGUCUGCGGAAAAUUUUCCCGUUUGCAGCGAAAAGUUCGAUGGGUUUUUCAAUUGGACAGCCACUUAUAGACUGGAUUCAGAUAUUCCGUUCCCAUAUAUACAAAUAAGAAAUAUUAAUGGUGAGAUCGUUGGUCCGAAGAAAGAAAUGGUAUGGGCGGACGACUUUUCGGAGAUUGAUGAAGAUCUGUCCUUGAAAAUUGCCAAUAAGACUAAAGCAGCUGCUUGGUUCGUCUCUAAUUGUAAGAGUAAAAGCGGACGAAAGAAAUUUGUGGAUGAUUUACAAAGGGCCUUAAAUCGAUUUAAAUAUUCUAUCGAUAUUUACGGAUCGUGUGGAAAGUUAAAAUGUCCAAGGGACAAGAAUAACGAUUGUCAUUCGCUGUUGGAAAAAGAUUACUAUUUUUAUUUAUCGUUAGAGAAUACGUUUGCGGAAGAUUAUGUCACAGAGAAGCUGUUAACUGCAUUACAACAUGACGUAGUGCCGAUAGUGUAUGGCGGAGCGAAUUAUUCUAGGUUUCUUCCACCUGGCUCUUACAUCGACGGGAGAAGGUACAAGCCCGCUCAACUUGCGGAAAUUAUGAACAAACUCAUGAAAAAUCACAAGUUGUACGCCGAAUAUUUCCGUUGGAAGAAGCACUACACGUACCACGACCCUUCGGAGGUGGACAACGUCUGUGCUCUCUGUAAGGCAUUGAAUAACAAAAAAAUGGCCAGUCCCAAUACUUAUUAUCAGUUCAGGAAGUGGUGGCAUCCAGAAUUCAAGAGAUUGUGUUAGUUGACGUCGAAUGAUAGUAACACAAAACCGGACAGUCCCGAUUUAAGAUAAAAAAUCGCCUCUAUACAAUUUCACCACGUGUGACGUCACAAGUGACGGUUCAUCCAAAUCUGGUUUUUAACUGAUUGUAUUUAUGUGUUCUUUUGUUUAAUGACGACAGUUAUUUCUUUGUUUUUUUUGUUUGUGUUCGUGUCUGUUUAUCUAUAAGUAUUUUUAUAGCGGUAUUCCUAGACCAAUGAUAGGUUGCAUAGCAAUUUUGAGGUCGUCUACUGAUGUCGGAGAUAGUGCGAUUUUGUGUUGCUAGUAAGUCACGAUUGUUUUCGUCAUAAAAUCUAACAAUAUUAUUAGUUACCGUCAUCCAUGGUAUAAAAAACAAUCAACAUAUCGACGCUUGAAAGGCAAACGUGACUAAGCGACAAUGCGUGAUCUUUACAGUAGACUAAUUUAAAGUUGAA